CUGUGACAGACACCACAGAUUGGUUGGCUUAAACAGCCUGAAUUUAUGGCUCCAUGGUUUUGGAGGCUGGAAGUCCAGCAGCCGGGAAGCCCAGGCCGGGCCAUCUCUGAAGUCUGGAGGUGCUAGUGGCAGCUCUCCAGGAGCCCAGAGCUCAGCCUUGGCCCCUGUCACAUGGCUUCUGUUUUCUCUACCACUGCGUCCACAAGUCCUCUGCUUCUGAGGACCCAGGUCAUUGGAUCAAGGCCCCACUGAUCUUGGAAGAUGCUGUUUAUGAACGAGUUCACAUCCAUGGGACCGAGGGUUAGGAUCCGAACAUGGCAUGGGGGCACGGUUCCGUCCACAGCAGCACUCCUACACGGUACCCUGCGAGCGUUUCAGAGCCACGGGCGCCCCUGUGAGGCAUUUCUGUACUUUGCAGGGGGUGAUUUUCAGCACACCUGUGGGUAGGGUUGCACACACUGGUUCCUGCUAUGCGAUACCACUGUCGGCACAGCCCAGGAACCCAGAAAUAUCAGUUGCACCACACAAGGCGUGUCCCUUGGUGUUUCCCUGCUGAUGUGAAGCUAAGGUCAGGUCAGGGCCAUCCCUAAUCAUAGCCUUCCGCUGUCUAGUUGUCCCAUUUCAUAUGAGAUGAAAUGAACAUGGGUCCCAAAGGCUUUCUCCUCGAUGUUAUGUGGUACGAGAGCUCAUUUAACGCUCAGAAAACGUUUAAGCCUUUUGCAUAUGGCAGUGACAGCCAAGGUAACCUGGAGGUGUUGUUCUCUCGGACUCUCAUAGCCAAGAGUAUAGAACAGCAACUAGAUAUGGACCUUCUUUUCAGUGAGGCUGGUCUUAAAUGUUCUUUGAUAAUGACUCUUCUUCAUCCUCCACUUGAGACACAGUGACCAAACCCGGGAGUCAGGUGGAAGAGUGGAGCAUUUCGCAUCAGUAGCAUGCUGCCUUGCUUCAUCUGAGGAGAAGCCUCUAGAGGGUUACGUCACAGUAACGUCAGGACAUUUUCAUGUUAUCCCACUUCUCCAGGGAUGCUGACAGGCUCUGUAAGGGGGAUUUGUCCUCCACAUCACCACCCACCUAUUUCAUACUUGCAGGCUGUUCGGGAGACCAAGAAGUUACCUCUGAAGGACUUUUGUAAAGAAAAGUUAUCCCAAGCAGUGAUGAUGGAGAGAUUUAGAAACUGUAGCCUGGAGUGUUCCAUAUUAGGGGGAAAUUGGAACUGUGAUGCUCUGUUUGAGAGGCAGCCGGGCUUGGUGACCGUCAGGGAUGUGGCUGUAGACUUCUCCCAACAGCUAGUCCCAGCUCAGAAGAGUUUCUGUAAGAAUGUGAUGUGGGAGAACCAUAGUCAUCUGGGGUCAGGAGGACAUAGUGUUUCUAAGCCACAUUUGGUGUUCUUUUUUGAACAAGGGAAGGAGCCCUGGAAAAAAGAGCAGACAAGAGACCUGUUCUCAGGCCAGCAAUCUGUACGUGAGACCCAGGAAUUAUUUCCAAAGCAGGACAUAAAUGAUGAAGUGGUAAUGGACAGAAUUUCAGAUAGUAACCUUGAGUGUUCCACUUUCAAAGAAAACUGGGAUUCUGAAGGCCUGUUUGAAAGGAAGCUGGUAGAUCAGGGGAUACAAUUAAGGCAAGAGACUAUCACUCAUAAUAAAAUCCUCUCUAAAGAAAGAGACUGUACAUUUAACAAACCUGGAAGAUGGUUUCAUUUGGACAAUUCAGAAGAGAAAGUUCAUAAUCGUGAUUUACUUAAGAAAAGUUUCCCAAAAAACUCAGUGCUAAUAAAACCUACAAGAAUCUAUGCAGGAAAAAAACUUUUCAAAUGUAAUGAAUGUAAGAAAACUUUUACCCAGAGCUCAUCCCUUACUGUUCAUCAGAGAAUUCAUACUGGAGAGAAACCCUAUAAAUGCAAUGAAUGUGGAAAGGCCUUCAGUGAUGGUUCAUCCUUUGCACGACAUCAGAGAUGUCACACUGGCAAGAAGCCCUAUGAAUGUAUUGAAUGUGGGAAAGCUUUCAUACAGAACACAUCUCUUAUUCGUCACUGGAGAUAUUAUCAUACUGGGGAGAAACCUUUUGAUUGCAUUGACUGUGGAAAAGCCUUCAGUGAUCACAUAGGACUUAGUCAACAUAGGAGAAUUCAUACUGGAGAGAAACCUUACAAAUGUGAUGUGUGUCACAAAUCCUUUAGGUAUGGCUCAUCCCUCACUGUACAUCAAAGAAUUCAUACGGGAGAAAAACCAUAUGAAUGUGAUGUGUGUAGAAAAGCCUUCAGUCAUCAUGCAUCACUCACUCAACAUCAAAGAGUACAUUCUGGAGAAAAGCCUUUUAAAUGUAAAGAAUGUGGUAAAGCUUUUAGGCAGAAUAUACACCUGGCUAGUCAUUUGAGGAUUCAUACAGGAGAGAAACCCUUUGAAUGUGGAGAAUGUGGAAAAUCCUUCAGCAUCAGUUCACAGCUUGCCACUCAUCAGAGAAUUCAUACAGGAGAGAAGCCCUAUGAAUGUAAGCUUUGUAGUAAAGCAUUCACCCAGAAGGCUCAUCUCGCACAGCAUCAGAAAACUCACACAGGGGAGAGACCGUAUGAGUGUAAAGAAUGUGGUAAAGCCUUCAGCCAAACCACACACCUUAUUCAACACCAGAGAGUUCAUACUGGAGAGAAACCCUAUAAAUGUAUCGAAUGUGGGAAGGCUUUUGGUGAUAACUCAUCCUGUACUCAGCAUCAGAGACUUCACACUGGCCAGAGACCUUACGAAUGUAUUGAAUGUGGGAAGGCAUUCAAGACAAAAUCUUCCCUUAUUUGUCAUCGCAGAAGUCAUACUGGAGAGAAACCUUAUGAAUGUAGUGUAUGUAGGAAAGCCUUUAGCCAUCGUCAGUCUCUUAGUGUACAUCAGAGAAUUCAUUCUGGAAAGAAACCAUAUGAAUGUAAGGAAUGUAGAAAAACCUUCAUCCAAAUUGGACACCUUAAUCAACAUAAAAGAGUUCAUACUGGAGAGAGAUCCUAUAACUAUAAGAAAAGCAAAAAGGUUUUCAGGCAGAAUGCACACUUUGCUCAUCAUCAGAGAGUUCAUACUAGGGAGUCACCAAUACACCCCUCUUUACCUUCCUCAUCCAGUCCUGUGGAUCUGUUCCCCAAAUUUCUCUGGAAUCCAUCCUCACUCCCAUCACCAUAGUCUGCAGACCUCAUCAUGGCACCUAGGCUGUUCCAACAGUGUAGACACCAUGUCCCUGCCCUUUUGAUUUGUUUUGUUCCUUACAGGUUUAUUCUUCA